CACUGACAACACAGUCCGGCCCUCUGCACCCAAUCACAAGCUGCACAAGGACAAAGCAAUUUUUCCCCUCAACCCCCUAACGCCGCUAGAUAGCGGGGUGUACUUCUCUACAGGUGUUCUCUGCCGUGGAGUCUAUCCUAUUUCCAUAUCUGACAUUCUCUUCGGACCUGAAUCUGACCUUGACUCAACCAUGGCUGCUCAAGUGUCCUGUAAACCUAUGUACAGCUACACUCUGAGCGUCUUGCUGGUGCUGCUGCCUGGGGCAAGCCGGGCCAGUCCCAUCAUGGCCCCCCAGGACACUCGCGGGGCAAGAGGGGUUUUGAACAGCGCCCUCCUGAAGCAGGAGGGUGACCUGGAUGUCCAGGACCUUUUGGGGCAGUUUCUGUCGACGUUUAACCUCACGGAGCUGGGGCCCUGUCCAAAGCCUCGCGCCGCCCGCAAGGAGCCACCAGAAUACAUGCUGGAGCUGUACAACCGAUUUGCCCACGAUCGAACCACAGUGCCCUCAGACAACAUAAUACGCAGUUUCAAGAAUGAAGAUUCCUCCCCCUACAGUGUGACAUCCAUGGGUGUAAGGAGACACCCUCUGCUGUUCAACAUCUCCAUCCCCCCCCACGAGCACAUCACCACCGCCCAACUCCGACUCUACACCCUGGUGCAACGAGACCGCAGAUGUUUCGCUGGCCUCGACCGCGAGGUUACGGUGUAUAAGAUACACAGCGGGGGGUUCUGGAGGGCACACGGGGGGACAGGGAGGAGAGGGAAGGAGGAGGAGAUCAGAGAGACGGAGGAGCUGGCCACCCGGCGUGUCCGCGGCGAGGACGACGCCUGGGUGUCGUUUGAUCUGACUCACGCCCUCCGUGCUUGGCGGAAGACAGAUUGCACCACCCACAGGCUGGAGGUCCACAUCGCCAACGUGGAGCCUGAGCACGAGGAGACCCCUCAGAAGAUCACAGACGAGGUGGAACAGGCAGCGGGCGUGGACACAGACCGGAGCUCCGAGGGGAAACACAAGCCCGUCGUGAUCGUGUUCUCGGAUGAUCAGAGCAUCCGCGAAGACAGGCGAGAGAUCCAGCAGCUGAUGGAACAGGACAACGACCUUCCUGCAAACCUAGACGUCAGCCAGCAGCCACUCAGGGCCGGCGACAACCGGAACGGCGGCGUCCCUGACAACGAGGAGCAGGACAAACAAACGUCUCUCGCGCGGCUGCACUCCAACCUUAUCUACGACACACCUCCCAGAGUCCGUCGCAAUGUCAAGGGCGAGUCCUGCAAGAGGACGCCGCUCCGCGUGGAGUUCAAGGACAUUGGAUGGGAUUCCUGGGUCAUCCAGCCCCUGGGCUACGACGCCUACGAGUGUAACGGCGUCUGCAACCCGCCUAUGACCUCGGAGGUAUCGCCCACCAAGCACGCCAUCGUCCAGACUCUUCUCAGCGUCCGCAGACCACAAAUGGCUUCUCGAGCCUGCUGUGUGCCCACGAAGCUGGACCCCAUAUCACUGCUCUACAUGGACGGGGGAGUGGUCACCUACAAGCACAAGUAUGAGGGCAUGGUGGUGGCUGAAUGUGGCUGUAGAUAGUCCACACACUUCGGCCUACAGCAGACACAGACUGUGAAUUGAUAUGAAGACUGAGCAAUUGUCAGUUUCACCGUCCAGUUCCACAAUAAGGGCCAUGUACCACAAACACAUAGCUAUCCUUGCUUUGUAAGUUAACAAUCAAUAACUAAAUAGCUGUUGUGUCAUAUUUAGGGCAUGGAUCCUUUGUGUGGGCCCCAGAGAACGUAGGACAAGUUUGUGCAUUUCAUGAUGUAAAUUUGCUUUUGUAUAGAGGUAUUUAACAUGGUAUGAGAAUGACUUAAAAUGCUAUUUAACAUAGAGAACAAAGUUGCAUUCUUUGCAUAUUGUGUUGCAAUAACUAGUUACUAUCUGAUUUUUUUCUUUAAAUCAAAUCCUUUUAUUGUUACUCAAUCAUAUACACACGUGCAACAGUGGGGGAAAGUCGUGUGUUCAGUUUCAAGCAGUGUA